CGGAGCCGGCGCUGCGUGCAGUGAGGCGGUGCCUCCUGGAGGGCGGCUGUUUGGUGCUGGGGGGACUAUCGCCUAGGGAGGAGUUAAUGCGGCUAAAUUCGGAGACACAGCUGAGGCUUAUAGAUAUGUAAACAUAUAUAUGUGAUUACACGUCUAUUUAUAAAGGUGCUUUUGAGGCCGUCAUAAUGAGAAACCAAGAAAUUUCAGCUUGCCUAGGGAAUGUUUCUUAUACAGAUGUACAGCAGUGUGCGGGUUGUGAUGCUGCAACCAGAUCCCAGUGCUUUGGGAAGAUUAAACGUGGUCUCCCCAGAAUCAGAGAUCCCCAGGCUGUGCCCCCAGCUGCAGGCCUGCAGGCACAGACAGUGCACAGCGCUGCGGAGGAGCACUGUACAGAGAGAUCAGUGCUUGCCCAGCCAACAUUUGUGUUUGGAAAGAAGGACCACCCUUUGAAGCGGCCUGCUGAAGAUCCAGUUUGCAAAGCUGAUAAUGAUUUCAUCUAUUGUUCCAAAAAACGUGCAAGUUCAUCAUCUUGUGUUUUCCAGAAGUCUGGCUCAGAAUCUAACAUAGAUACAACGCUUGCUGAGAAAAGAAGAAGAUCAUCUUCCUUUACCGUUCUUCCUAGGUUCCCUCCCUCCCAGCCAGCAAAGAAGAGCAACAUAUUCAUGACCUCAGCUCUUCUUCGACAAAACAUUGACAUGGGAAGUACAAAAGAAGGAUCCUUGCCAGAAAGUCAGCUGUGGAAUGUUAUUAGGCCUGCCAUUUUACAACCUCCACAAGCCCUGACCUGUCCUGAAAAUCCUGCAGUAUCUCCAGUGACUAAGAAACAAGCACAUAUUCAGUUAUCUGAAGACAACUCUUAUUCCUCAUCUGAGAAUUCAGCAGGCUCCAAAGCAGCAGUGAAGUCAUCUAUUACUGUAAAUAUUUCUAGCUCUAAAACAGCACGGGGGUCAGAGCCAGCAUUAGAACUGUCAACUUUUUGGACAUCGAGAAGGAUCGGCCGAGUACCUAGAUCUGCUUCUAUCUCUCCAGGAAGUCAGUUGUUAGAAGACAGAAGUGUUCUAAGCAGCAGCAAUUCUGGUUUUGUGUUUGGAGAAAAUAUGGUUGAGAGAGUUGUGAGCCCUGAAAAGCAUUCUGUGUCAUGCAAUGAAGUUGAUUCAUACAAAAGAGAAAUAACAUCGCUUUAUAUAGAAUCUUUUCAUGUAACAAAAACAGCUUUGUUGAGGAAUGCAACACAGACUGAGUCAGCAGCUGCUCAUAUUUCCAAGCCAGGGGAGAAAAUUCUGUUAGAUAAAGUUGAAGUUAUAACUGGAGAAGAAGAAGAACACAAUGUAUUACAGAUUAACUGCAAGCUCUUCCUAUUUAAUAAACUUUCUUUAACUUGGAUUGAAAAAGGCAGAGGAUCCCUGAGGCUUAAUGACACUUCCAGCAAUAAAUGUGGCAUGUUGCAAUCGAGGCUGAUUAUGCGAAAUCAAGGCAGCUUGAGACUGAUUCUCAACACCAGACUCUGGGGUCAAAUGGUGUUAAAAAGAGCAAACAGUAAAAGCCUGUGUUUCACAGCAACAGAUCAAGAGGACCACUCUGUUCAAGUAUUUCUAAUUCAGGCAAGAUCAAAAGAUGCUGGAUAUUUGUAUGCAGCAAUACAUCACCGCCUUGUGGCAUUGCGAAGCUGUGCUGAGCAAGAAUCAGAUGCUAAUCAAAUAGACACAGAGUCAGAGACAGCUUUUCAUCUGUUAAACUGUGACAGUGAUGAAGAUGAUGAAAAAAUAACUCAAGUGAGCAGCAGUGGAUCCGAUCAUUCUAGAUGGAACCGCAGGCAGCCUGUAGUCUGCUCAUGAAAUGUACCACAGUUUACAGCAGACUACUGAGGACUCAACUUCUCAACAUGCUGGAGAUGCAUCAGGACCUGGAAGAAGGAAAUCAGAAGAAUUUUGUUUUAUGACUUCUAAGCAAAGAUUAAUUUUAUAAACAGUUUAUGUUCAAUACAUUGGGAAGGAACUUGAGACGCAAGUUGAGGGUUCCAGUCAGCUUGCUUUGCACUGAGAUAACAUGAUGGCUUCCAGUGUUCAAGAACUGUUAAAAGAGAUUCAGAUUUUAAAAUUAAAUAUACUUAGAUGCAUUAUUAAAGUAAGGACUUUUAUAGGGAAUCCUGUUUGUAAGUACAUGCAAGCAGAAUGGUCAGUGGCAGUUCAACAUGACAAAGGCCUACAGAAAUCGAAUUUUGUUGUUGUUUUUUGUUUCUAAUAUGUGGAGUAGUCACCAGAAAGUUUUGUUAAAGGGCAAAGAACUAGGUUCUGCUCUUACAUCCAUACAACUACAUCAUGAAGAACUGUAAGCAGAAGUUCCAAGGGAUGUCUGAGCAUUGCAAUCUAAAAGUGAAUCUGUUUGCACUUACAAACAUUUUCUUGCUUGCACAGAACAAGCACUUGCACUCUUAACUGCCUGUUAGAUACAUAAAAAUAAAUAGACAUAGACAUUAUAAGUAGAGAUCUGCAUAUAAUCUAUCUUACAUUUUUGAGAUUGUCUAAGAUUGUUUCUGCUUUCCUACUAGCCACAGUUAUCCCUAAACAGCAUGAGAUUAAUACAUUAGUCAAAUAUGUGCAAUAAUCCAAACGGCACUAACAACUCAAACACUCCUUGUAGAGGUGAUUCCACAACUAGCUCACUACCUAGCCAAUCUCAUGGUAAACUGGAAGGUCAGUUCUCCAAAUGCCACCUGUGAAUUAAGACUUUCCAGACCCUUCACAAGCCCAUGCACUGCACAGGCACCAUUUAAUGCUCUGUGCUUUCUAUUCUUUCUGUUAACAGGUACAGAAAGUGUAUGUCUGUGGUCACUCUGCUACAGACUUCUUUUGCCUUGUAUAUUGUUGGCUACAAAACAUUAAUUCCUGAUCAUUCUCAGAGGUGGAAAAAAAAAGAAAAAAAAAAGGUCUGAAGUAUCUUAAGUCCUUUUAAUUAAGAAAGUUGUUAAUGUUUAUCAGCCUUAAAAGCUGCAUCAUACCUGAAGAGUCAAGUUACAAUUUAGUCUCCCAUCUGAACAUAUGUAUGAAGUUGGAAGAAUUCCAGCUUCUUUCUAAAUUCUCAAGAUUAGAGCCCAGGUGAAGCUGAACUGGCAUCUGGAUUACUUGAAUCUUACACAGCCUGCCAAAAUUAGCACUUCUCUGACUUCUGGAUGAGAGCAAGUUUAAAUGGAACUGGAUUUUUGCCUUUGCAAUGGAGCAUCUGUUUCUAGAAGAACUGGAAUGGUUUUUCACCCUUCAGUUUGCUGAUAACGAAAAUUUCUUUCUAGAACAGCUGUACACUGCGUCCUUCUGUGACAGCCUUGCUCCUGAGCACUACGGCAUUUCCACUACUGACCUUCAUAUUUCAUUGCUGUAACUCAGGAACAAAGCUCCAUGUUACAAAAACUUCUCCAGUUGUUAAAAAACAGCAAUCUUAUGUAUUUAGCAACAGGUCAUGGGGAGAACUUUGCCCUGAAGCUCAACUGGUUGUGCACUGAAUGUAGAGUUUGAUUUCAAAGUCUGCCCCGGUAAUCAAAGCCAUCCAUACAACUGAUUUUAAGCAUCAGAGUGUCAUCAUAAAGUCCCACAACUUCUAAAUUCUACCGCAGUAUAUGCACCAGAAUUUUUACAGAGGACUUCAAAACUUUGUAAUGUACUGCCAUAGUGAAAGUUGCAAAGCUUAUGAUCGUUCACAAAUAAUAAAAAAAACCUCUCUGAGCUGCCUUUUCCCAAGACUGUAUUAUACAUUCACACACCAGUAUACACACAUUUGCUCAAACACACACACACUUAAAAAUGAAGCUACACUUCCUACAAGCUGUGGAGGUAAAGAGAUGUUUGAAUACUCUGAGGAAUGUGGAGAGCGUGGUAGUAGAAGACAAAUAAAUACAUAUAUGUGCAGACAUGUAUGAGGUAAGAAGUUUCACUCUUGUGAUCCUAAUCCAUUAUUUAUUUUAUUUAGUCUCAUUGCACUAAAUUUUUGUGUUUCUUAAGACUAAAGGUAUGCUGGUAUGUAAUGUAUUAACUUGGUUUUGAAAAUGUAACAUUUGUCAUUUUAUGACAGCAGGAGUAACCGUUUCU